AUUUUUGUAUUUCUGUCAGUCUGUGUUGAAUUUUCGUCGUGGAUGCAUCGUCUCUUGCGGAGUGUUUAUAAAGUGUAACGCGGGGUGUUAAAAGCAAGAAAAAUGUAGCUUUUGUUACAUUUUUGCAAAUUUAAUUAUUACUGGGAAACUAAUUACAGUUUUUGUGCAAAUAUUGUUUUUGGUCGGACGGGUAAACAAGUAAAAAAUCGGUAUCUACUGCGUUGUAGAAGGGUGACCCGUGUUGGAAGUGAAAUUUUACCUGGAGCAAAUUUUUUAUCGAAUGUGCUAGUGCAAAUAAAGAAAGUGAAGGAUUUCCAUCAACAUCCUGGCCUGCCGGGGCGAAUAACAGUGAUUCCUGUUGUUUUCUAGCAGCCACAUUAUCUGUGGAGUUCUGUGUCUUCGACAGAAAUCUGACGGCAGAAAAGAGAAAAAGAAAUCAAAAUGGCGCGUCAUCGUAUGUGUUUUAUCGUUUUGACAAUGAUGCUGGUGUGUCUUUAUGGAUCGGCUGCUCAGUCUGCCGUUCGACACGGAUUUCCUCCCGAUAUUCUGUUUGUGCACUAUGAGAGACAAGGGCCGGAACGAUCGUUCGUAAUCAACAAAUUUGCUGACGACGAUAGUGGAGCAGAAGGCAUGAAUGGGCUGAACCGAAUGAAACGCAGCGCAACUGGAGCAGGGUCAUUGGCCAGCGGAUCAGCAGCAUCCUCUGUGACACCAGUGGGAAGCACUGGAAAGGAUAGCAAAAAUUCAGUUCGUCCGGUGAUUGAGGCAAAGGUGAACAAAUUGAACGAUUCGCAUGCUCAACUGAUUGUGCAUUGGCUGGGCGAAGGGACAAGCGUAAUGAUUUGCCUGGCUCGUGAGCCUCCAGCUGACAACGAUGCCAAAGCGCCGCCCCCUCAACCAUCGAGAAUAUUUGUGUCUAAAGACUACGGAGACACUUUUGACGAUCAAACAGAGAUGUUUGCGCUGAACAUUAACGGUACUGUGGUAAACUCAACUGUGGAGCAGUUUUUCACCCAUCCAAAGUUUAAUACGAUUGUCUUCAGUGAUCCAAGAAAUAAAGCAAUAUUUACCUCCGAAGAUUAUGGUAAAUCGGUAACGGUUCGAAUGCUGAAUUUUACACCUUCCGAUGUGACUUUUUACGAGGCGGAUACUAAAAUGAUGCUCAUUCUUGACAAGAAAGAUCCAGAACGCAAGCUCUACUACUCCACAGAUUUUGGUGCUUCCUUCUCACUUUUGCAAAGUUAUGUAAAGUCUUAUAUUUGGUCAUCUGGUGAAGGAGUGCCCAUUCACCUUUACGUUGAGCGUAAAGAACCAACCAAUACAUCUUCCGUUAUUUUCUAUAAUGCAGCCACUCUGCGCAACAACAGCAAUCAGUUCAACGUUUUAAUAGAAAAAGUGGAAGAUUUCCAUAUAAAGAAAGAUUUCAUGUUCGCUUCGCAGCGGUUGCCGAACAGUACGCAACUACUUAUUUCCUACAAGCGAGGGAAGUUUGUCAAGGCAGACUUCCAGACCGAAUUGGAUAUGAAGGGUUACCAUGUGGCCGACGUUGACGGACGGCGGAUUAUGAUCUCUGUGGUGCAUACGGAACGGAUCUCGCAUUUAUAUGUGUCGGAGACAAACGCGGACAUGACAGAAAUCAAGUUCGUACCCAGCCUGGAGAACGUCUUCACCUAUGUACCAGAACUGAAUUGGCGGUCGAGUUGGCUAGUUCAAUCUUCUGAUGGUGCAUUCACGGAUUUGUACAAGGUGGAAGGAUUGCGUGGAAUUUACAUUGCAUCGAAAAUCAAUCGUAUACCGUUGAGCGAAACCAUUUCCCCUGAUGCAUUGGUGUCGCUCAUUACGUUCGAUCAUGGUGCUACUUGGCGAUCAAUAACUGCGCCAACGACAGAUGAUGACGGAUUGCCUAUCAACAACUGUGCCAAGGAUUGUAGUUUGCACCUGUCCCAGAAGUUCAGUUCUUUAUAUCCGGUAACAAGAUCGGUGAGCAUCAUGAGUUCGAAGUCGGCCCCUGGAGUUAUCAUGGCUUCCGGUGUUGUUGGCAAAUCACUUAAAGGACAUCCUGGUGUGUACAUUUCUCGCGAUGGUGGUCUAACGUGGAAGCAGAUUCUAAAGGAUUAUCACUUUUUCAACAUGGGUGACCACGGAGGAAUUCUAGUUGCGGUGAAAUAUUUCAAGUCCAAGGGUGAGACGAAUGAAAUCCUGUACUCUACUGAUGAAGGCGAAAAGUGGAUGUCUACGGACUUCCAUUCGACGAACUUGAAAGUUUACGGAUUGAUGACCGAACCGGAUACUAACACAACUAUAUUCACCCUGUUUGGGUCGGAACAGGAAGAGCAUAGGUGGCUCAUUAUUAAAGUGGACCUAAAGAAUGCGUUCACUUCAAAUUGUACCGAAGAUGAUUACAAGUUUUGGGCACCCGGAACGAACGCAACGCUAAUGCCGUGCAUUCUAGGACUACAGGAGACGUACCAGCGUAGAAAGCCACAUGCCAAUUGUUACAAUGGAGUCGAUUAUGAACGACCGAUUCGACAAGAAAUCUGCAAAUGUAGUCGCUGGGAUUUUGAUUGUGAUUUUGGAUUCAGUCGAACCGGAACGAUAAACAGCCCAUGCAUAAGAAGUAAAACUAUCACUAACUAUGAUCCGUAUGCGAUUCCAACCAGUUGUAAGCCUGGACAGUACUAUAAACGAACCAAAGGAUACCGUAAGAUUGAAGGCGAUGUUUGUAUUGAGGGACAGGCAUCACAGUAUGUUCCCCAAUCAAUUCCAUGCCCAAUGGAGGAAAGCAACGAGUUUUUGGUCAUAGCUCAAAGAGAUAAGAUCUCCCGCAUUAACUUAAACAAUAAAACUAAGGAAGUGUUUCCGGUGACUGGCUUGAAAAACGUGAUAGCGAUUGAGUUUGACAUGAAACAUAAUUGUGUGUUCUGGGCCGAUAUCAUGACCGAUGUGAUUGGACGCCAGUGCUUGAACGGAGAUCAACCGCCGGAGCUUUUGGUAGAUACCGGAUUGUCAUCGGUGGAAGGUAUGUCAUAUGAUUGGGUUUCGGAAAUGUUGUACUUCGUAGACGGAAUGCGAUUGAAGAUUGAAGCUGUGAAGACUAGCUCACCUGCUCAAGGUAGAAUGAGGAGAACAAUAAUUGAGGCACCGAACUUGAAUAAACCUCGCGGAAUUGUAGUACACCCUCUGCAAGGCUAUCUGUUCUGGACGGAUUGGAACGCACUGAAGCCCUCCGUUUCGCGUGCGAACUUAGAUGGUAGCGAUAUUAAAAUAUUGUUCUCCAAGCCCGAGGUUGUCUGGCCCAAUGGUGUGACAAUUGACUACAUCGCCGAAAGGUUGUACUGGGUAGAUGCUAGUAAGGAUUACAUUGCAAGUAGUGACAUGGAGGGAAAGAAUUUCAUCAAGAUUCUACAACAAGACUCGCGUGUUGCCCAUCCGUUUGCAGUAGCAGUGCUGAAGGAUUUGAUGUAUUGGGAUGAUUGGAAAAUGAACUCAGUUUACUCUGCGGACAAGGAUCAUGGAAUCAUGAUCAAUAUCAUUGCCGAAGAAAUGAUGAAUUCUAUGGACCUGAAAAUCUACGGCCAUUCGGUUCAGGAAGGAUCUAACGCGUGUUCGGUUGGUAAUAAGUGCUCACAUAUUUGUGUUGGUGCGCCGAAUUCGGGUUACAGUUGUUUGUGCCCGGAUGGCAUGGAGAAGAACGCUCAGGGACAAUGUCUUUGUCCAGGUGGAGGAACGCCGUUUUCCAACAAUACGUGUGCUCGCUCCGGAAGCACCUGUGGUUCAAAGUUUUUCGAUUGCAAAAAUAACAUUUGCGUUCCAUUGAUUUACAAAUGUGAUGGCGAUGACGACUGCGGUGACAGAUCGGAUGAGGAAGGUUGUCCUUCGGAUAAACCUCCGUGUCCACCAUACAUGUUUACGUGUAAAUCCGACAAACAAUGUGUACCGAAGUAUUUUGUAUGCGAUUAUGACCGCGACUGUCUGGAUGGGUCUGAUGAACAGAACUGUAAACCUGCGUCUUGCAAGUCGGAUGAGUUUACCUGUGGCAACGGACGAUGUAUCAAUAAGAGCUGGCUUUGCGAUGGAGAAGAUGACUGUCGAGAUGGCACUGAUGAAAGGAAUUGUAAUAAGAAUAGCACCACUGUCGUCGAAUGUAAAGCGGACGAGUUCAGAUGCAAUGGGACAAACACUUGUAUUCCCAAACUGUGGCGUUGCGAUACAGAACAGGAUUGUAAUGAUGGAUCGGAUGAAGCGAACUGCAGUAGAAAGGAAUGCGAACCAUGGAUGUUCAUGUGUGCAAGCGAUAUGAGGUGUAUCUAUAAGACGUGGCAGUGCGACGGAGAAAAGGAUUGCAAGGAUGGAAGUGAUGAGAAAAACUGUAGUUUAUCAACAGAGGUGCCAAAGAAGCCUGGAAUUAACUUCCUCCCGGGAGAUUCCUGUCACGAUUGGAUGUUCAAAUGUGCCAACGAUAAAUGUGUGCCAUAUUGGUGGAAAUGUGAUGGAGUCAAUGAUUGCGGAGACGAGUCUGAUGAAACGGGAUGUAAUUCGACUCAACCUGUGACGAGCACAACGAUAAAACCCAUUCCUACAAGGAAGAAGGAACGAAACUGCGGAUUGCAUGAAUUCCGUUGUGAUAACGGGGUAUGCAUUUCGAAGAGAUUUGUCUGCGAUGGUUAUGAGGAUUGUGCCAAGGGUGAAGAUGAAGAUAAUUGCCCAACGCAAAAGCAAUGCAGCAACAAACAUUUUAAAUGUCGAAGUGAUGGCAUGUGUCUUCCAAUGGACAAAUAUUGUAAUAACGUAGUGGAUUGCGCAGAUGGAAGCGACGAAGAUUGCAAAUUUAAACCCAGCACAUCAACAUCGACCGGAAACAAUUGCACAAGCAAUCCCGGUGUAUUCGCUUGCGACAAUACAUGCUUCGCUUUGAUGGUUCUUUGUGAUGGAAAGCCUGAUUGUUACGAUGGAACAGACGAAGAUCACUGCGAAAAAAUGAAAACGAAACAUUAUCAGGUUACGCAAAUCGGCGUUGAUGAGCGUUCGCUCAAUUCAACAAGCUUCCUGAUUUUCUGGUGGAUUCCCCUACCGCGUGAUGUUACCUUGGAAUACUUGCCUUCCAUCUAUUACAACGGGGAGUGGAAAAACGUCAGCAAUUGGAUUAACGAGACGGACUACCGAUUCACGAAUUUGAAACCUUACACCCUGUACAAUGUGACAACAUACGUGAGAGUGAAAACCCAAAACAAAAUCACUCCUCCGUACAUCUAUUACGAAAUUGCAACAAGUGAAGGAAUUCCAAGUGCCCCUUUAAACGUUUCUGUUGUUCAGGUCAAUGGUUCUCGGAUUCAAGUGAGCUGGCAAGCACCCAAGGAAGUAAACGGCCAACUUCAGGGUUACACUAUAAACUAUCGUUCGCAGUCGAAGAAUGUUGGUCCAGCGCAAAAUGUUAAAGUUGGUCCCACGGAAACAAGCUAUCCCAUCGAAAGCGAAUUCAAACCAGACGUAGUUUAUGAAUUCUGGGUAAAAGCACGCAACGGAAAGCACGAAUCAGUAUCCUCAAAUAUGGUGCAGCUUAAGUUUGACGGUACAUCCAAUGUUGCGAAAAUAGACAAAAUUCAAGAAGUAAACAAAACCAAGAAAUCCGUCACGUUGGAAUGGAAACCGGUUGAAGGUGCUGAUGGUUACAUGAUUCAGCCCAUUCUACCUCAAUCGUAUCCGCUACUAAACACAAUUUGGGUGAAGAACUCUUCGGUAACGCUGGAUAAUAUGGUACCAGGCACACAAUAUCUGAUUAAAGUAGCAGCGUACGUGAAACAGUACGUUGGACGACAUGAAACAACGGUAAUUCAAUUCGGCGGAGAACCGUUGCCUGCUAUUAACAUCCGUUUGAAGGAACAGACUCAAGAAUAUUCACUGUUGGAAUGGGAUGAACCGCAUGGCAACUACGGCAAGUUGGUCUACGGCGUGUAUUACGGCACAAAUAUGGAUCAAUUAUUUGAAGCAUCCAGAUUUAACACGACUGCUACCAGCUACAAAUUGACAAAGCUACGACCAUGCGAAUCGUAUGUCGUCAGUGUCGGAAUCGUGGGACCGAUCGGUCCCGGUCCGUUGGGACGCAAUCCGCUGAAGUUGGAUACCCCCUACAACAACACAUUGCCGCCGAAAGAAUUGAUCGUCGAUAUUAGCGGAACUAGUCAUAACUCGUCAGAAAUGAUUAUCCAGUGGAAGCAUAGCUGUGCACUGGAGUCAUCUAGUUAUCCAAAGUACAUUAUAACCGUUCGAGAGCUUACGAAGAAUAUCACAUCGUCGGUGAAUGUGCCGUCAUCGGCAAACAAAACCCUGGUGCACGUGUUCCGCAGUAUUCCCCGUGGUGCUGCUUACGAGAUUUCAGUUUCGACCAACGUUUCCAAUGCUCAAGUGGUAUCAGCGGUUGCCUAUUCUGCGCCUCUACCGGCUCCCACGCGGUUGCAGGUUUGGCCAGAAGCUAACGGCAGUUACGUCGUCUACUGGAAGCCGGUGAUCGACUUCAAGGAUGUUCCGUUCACCUACCAAGCGGUAGUAUAUGAAGGAAAGGGAAUUAAUACGACGAUUCCACCUUUGGCGACAUUAGAUGGAAAAGAACCGCCAUUACUUAUUAACCCGGAUCGCCUUGUUGCGGUGCCAUUAGACAGCAUGUUCACAAUCGGCGUGAGACUGAAAACAGUGGAUGGAUAUUUUUCGGACAUUGUCGAGACGGAAUACUUUGCGAAGCACAACUUCCAAGGCCUCGUGCAGGAGUCUUCCUUCUCCAGUGCGUGGCUAUGGAUUGUGCCUACCAUAAUAGCACUGGUGCUAGCGUUGACCGUGGUGUACGUGGUCCAGAGGCAUCGGCGGUUGCAGACUUCGUUCAGUCGGUUCGCCAAUUCACACUAUGAUACACGAACGGGUGCGACGCGUAUUGGUGACAGUUUGGAUGACGAUGAGCAUGAACAUCAAGAGGUGCCACGAAGUUUCUCCGAUGAUGAACCGCUCGUCAUCGCGUAAGUAGGUAAACUACUCAUUUCCAGUUUUUUACGCGUAGAAACAGUGUAGAAGUAAUUGACUAAAAACGCUUGUGCAACUUUCUGCUCAUUUAGUUGAAGAUGGAAGGAAAUUUGUAAUAAGUUAGAAUGAUAGAAACAAAUUAUUACACGCGAGUCUGGUUCAUUCAGACUGGACUCGUUUUGUCUGUGAACAUUGCAUAUAACUUUUUUAAAUAUUAACGAAGUUUAAAGUCCUACAAACAAAAGACUAGUAAUUGUGUAUUUAUGUUGGUUUUAUUUUGAUAGGUUUAUUUAAUUAGUUCCAUUGUACAUUUUUGAGGUUGUUUACUUUGUAUAGAAAAUUACUUGUAUCAUAUACAGUAAAUGAAAUAAACAAACUAAGACUAGCAAGCAAGGGGAGAUCGAGAUCAGAGUGAACGAGUCAACUGAAAAAAUCAGAGAAAGAAAUAAUAAGUAGUGGCGUUUAUAUGUGUGUAUAUUUGUCGAGAUAAAAAAAAAUGAAGAUAUUAAUGCAGAAGAUUUGUAGUGACUGUGUAAUUUGAUAAGACACUAGGCGAUUGUAGGAAGAGAAACGACCAUUGAAAUACAGCUUUAUUGAGAACAGAUUCGCUGACAGGAGGCUUCAGUUGACACACACACACAAGUCAGCACUUUCUCCAUUCAGUUAGGAGUAAGAUUAUACGAUUUUGGAUGACUUAUAGCUAUGUCUACAAUAUAGUCCACGGCAUUUGUAUGGAGAUUCUUUGAUCGACAUUCACAUACUCAAACCAAACAUGUUUCAGGAACAUCAUGUCAUAAGUUUUGUUCACUUAUCUCACGUAGCUUUAACAACUGAGUAGCAAUGUUUCCGAGGAAAAGCAAUUCUGUUUAAAGUCUAUAAUUCGAACCGCUAGGGUUUCGUAAAAUGUGCUAAAAUGGAAGAAACAGUAAAGACAAAGAUUAAUGAUAGUUGAUAAUGAUAACGAUUACAAUAAGUUACUAUGCAUGCUAAACGAUAACAAACCAAGGUAUUCGCAAGCGUUUGAACUGUGUUUUUCCUCGUGAUUUUUUUUGUUUAAAAUUUGAUGUAGAAUGAAGUAAAAUGAGAAGGUAAACAUUGAGUGGAGUAUCCAAAUGGUGAGAAAAAAAAGUUCCAUAAUUAUUUUUCCUACGCAAAUCUUCCUGCUAUUUGAUCUGGUUGUUUUCCUUUAUUAUUGUGAGUGGUUCCAAAACGGUGAAAAUAAAUAUAAGUAGCGAAAGAAUAUAUAAUAAUUCAAUAAUGAUUGUAAUGUAACAAUUCAUGAUCCAUAAAACUGAUCAAUGAUGUGACGUGAUCAUAAAACAUAAUCUUGGAAGACUAA